UUAAGGGGCACCUCUGUUUUUCCAGCCUUGAUGGGAUAGUGUGUUUUUUUUUCCUUUUAAUACUGAAUCUGUUUGUAUUUCAUCUCUGAGCUUUUCUCCCAACGCAUGCAAAACAGGUGAGAAAGGAAUGGCGAACGAGGAAUCCUUGGUGCUCUCUAAGUUGGGGUGGUUUUCUUGCAGAUGUUUUCAUUAGCCAAACUAGGUAGCAUCCUCAGUGCACUCAUGGUGUUUCCUAGUUUGGGUAGGGAAAGGCCUGGGGGAAAACCCACCCCUGCAGUCUUCCAACAGUAAUGAUUCCCAGGGUCCUUGGGCAUGUUACGUUGCCGAUGACAGUGCGAGGUAUGAUUUGGGGGAAUUCCUUGAACGGUUUUUAAUGUAUGCCAAUCUCUGUCUCAGGAAGCCUACAGACCUUCAGAACUUGGCUCCGGGGACACACCCGCCUUUCAUCACCUUUAAUAACGAAGUGAAAACUGACGUGAACAAGAUUGAAGAGUUCCUCGAAGAAGUCCUCUGCCCACCCAAGAGGUCCUUAGAGAGGGGUCUUUUGAAAACUCUACAGAAGCUGGAUGAGUACUUAAUUAGUCCCCUCCCUGAUGAGAUUGACGAGAACAGCAUGGAAGACAUCCUUGCCUCUACGCGCAAAUUUCUGGAUGGGAAUGAGAUGACACUAGCAGACUGCAACUUGUUACCCAAGCUGCACAUCGUCAAAGUAAGGUGGAAUUUGACCCGAGAACUGAAACAAGCCUACAUGCCGAUUUAA